CCAACACAAUGCACCAGCCGCCUGAGUCCACCGCGGCCGCUGCCGCUGCCGCUGCAGACAUUAAUGCUAGGAAGAUGGCGCACCCGGCGAUAUUUCCAAGAAGAGGCAGCGGCGGUGGCAGCGCCUCUGCUCUCAAUGCAGCAGGUACCAGCGUUGUUAGUAAUGCCCCAUCUUCAGAGGAUCUUCCACCUCCGUCGUUGCUUCAGCCGCCACCUCCUGCAGCAUCUUGUACGUCGGGACCACAGCCUCCGCCUCCACAAAGCCUGAACCUCCUUUCGCAGGCUCAGUUGCAGACACAGCCUCUCCCACCAGGCGGAACUCAAAUGAAAAAGAAAAGUGGCUUUCAGAUAACUAGCGUUACCCCUGCCCAGAUCUCCGCCAGCAUCAGUUCUAACAACAGUAUAGCAGAGGACACUGAGAGCUAUGAUGAUCUGGAUGAGUCUCACACAGAAGAUCUUUCGUCUUCUGAGAUCCUUGAUGUAUCACUUUCCAGGGCUACUGACUUAGGGGAACCUGAACGCAGCUCCUCAGAAGAGACGCUUAAUAACUUCCAGGAAGCUGAGACACCUGGGGCAGUCUCUCCCAACCAGCCUCACCUUCCACAGCCUCAUUUGCCUCACCUUCCACAACAGAAUGUUGUGAUUAAUGGGAAUGCUCAUCCACACCACCUCCAUCACCACCAUCACAUUCAUCAUGGGCACCACCUCCACCAUGGGCACCACCACCCAUCCCAUGCUGGUGUGGCCAGUACAUCCAUUCCUGGAGGGCCACCCUCAAGCCCAAUAUCCAGAAAACUCUCUACAACUGGAAGCUCUGACAGUGUUAUAGCAGCUGCACCAACUUCUGCUGCAUCAUCCGGUGGCUCACCUGCAUCUGUAAUGAUUAAUAUCCGUACUCCCAGUACUACCAGCAGUAUAGGAGUAAAUUCUGUUACUGGCACUAAUACGGUGGAUAAUAUUACCAUUACUGCUGUGGGUAGUUUUAAUCCUAAUGUGACAAGCAACGUGCUUGGUAAUACUAAUAUGACCCCAAGCAAUAUUCCUAAUGCUGCUAGUGUGAGUGUUGGGCUUGGAGUUAACAGCAGUGUUAAUGUGAAUAUCUUGAGUGGCAUGGGCAAUGGUACCAUUUCUUCCUCUGCUGUUGUUAACAGUGUACCUAAUGCAGCUGCAGGGAUGGCUGUGGGAUCAGUUUCAAGUCAGCAACAACAGCCAACAAUUAACACUUCAAGGUUCAGAGUUGUGAAGUUAGAUUCUAGUUCUGAACCCUUUAAAAAAGGUAGGUGGACUUGCACUGAGUUCUAUGAAAAAGAGAAUGCUGUACCUGUUACAGAAAGUGUGGUGAUAAAUAAAUUGGUGGAAACUGUAAAACUAAACCCAAUAGAAGUGACUUCUGAAAGGGAGAGCACUAGUGGGAGUUCAGUGAGCAGUAGUGUCAGCACACUGAGUCACUACACAGAGAGUGUGGGAAGUGGAGAGAUGGGAGCCCCUACUGUGGUGGUGCAGCAACAGCAGCAGCAGCAGCAGCAGCAGCAACAACCAGCUCUUCAAGGUUUGGCCCUUCAGCAGAUGGAUUUCAGUAGCACUGGCCCGCAGAGUAUUUCAGCAGCAAGUAUACCACAGAGUGUUUCUCAGUCACAGAUCUCACAAGUACAAUUACAGUCUCAAGAACUGAGCUAUCAGCAAAAGCAAGGUGUUCAACCAGUACCUCUGCAAGCUGCUAUCAAUGCUGUGACUGGUAUCCAGCCAUCACCUGUUAAUGUGGUUGGUAUAACUUCAGCUUUAGGUCAGCAGCCUUCCAUUUCUGGUGUGGCUCAGCCCCAACUGCCAUAUUCUCAGACGGCUCCUCCUGUGCAAGCUCCCCUUCCAGGGGCACCAUCCCAACAGUUACAAUACGGACAACAAUCAACUGUUCCCACACAGAUGGCUCCAGGUCACAGUAAACCACUAACUCAAAUUCCUACUUCUGAGUUUGUACAGCAGCAGCCAAGCCUUCAGAAAGCAGUGUCCUCUGGUCAGCCCAGUUCAGCAGUGGGAGCAGGAACAACGGUGAUUCCUAUGGCUCAGCCACAGAGUAUCCAGCUGCCAGUGCAGUCUGUGGCAGUCCAACCACAACCUGUAGGGACAUCUGGCCAGCCUGUUGGCCAGGCUCAAAUAGCAGUAUCUGCUGUACCUACUGGCAGUCAAAUUGCAAAUAUUAAUCAACAAGCAAAUGUACCCACUGCAGUGCAGCAGCCUUCGUCCCAAGUCACACCUGCAGUUAUUCAGCAAGGUGCUCCUCCAUCUUCACAAAUAGUUCCACCUGCUCAGACUGCGAUUCUUCAUCAGGGAGUUCAAACUAGUGCUUCAAGCCUUCCUCAACAACUGGUCAUUGCACCCCAAAGUACCUUGUUAACUGUGCCUCCCCAGCCACAAGGAGUAGAAUCAGUAGCUCAAGGAGUUGUUUCACAGCAGUUGCCUGCAGUUAGUCCUGUACCCUCUGCCAGUAGUAUUUCUGUUAUAAAUCAGGUUAGUUCAGCUGGUCCUUCUGGAAUAUCUUCUGCCCCAACAAACGUGGUUCCACCACAGAAUAUAGCACAAACCCCUGCCACUCAAAAUGGUAACGUGGUUCAAAGUGUUAGUCAACCUCCCUCUAUAGCAGCUAAUAUAAAUUUGCCUUUGGCACAACAGAUAUCACUAAGUUCUCAGUUCUCUGCACAAUCAUUAGCUCAGGCAAUUGGAAGCCAAGUUGAAGAUGCCAGGCGCCCUGCGGAACCCUCCUUAGUUGGCUUACCUCAGACUAUCAGUGGUGACAGUGGGGGAAUAUCAGCAGUUUCAGAUGGGAGUAGCAACAGCCUAGCAGCCUCUGCUUCUCUUUUCCCGUUGAAGGUGCUACCGCUGGUGGAUGGCGAGGAUGAGAGCUCCUCUGGUGCAAGUGUCGUAGCUAUUGACAACAAAAUCGAGCAAGCUAUGGAUCUGGUGAAAAGUCAUUUGAUGUAUGCAGUUAGAGAGGAAGUGGAGGUCCUCAAAGAGCAAAUCAAAGAACUAAUAGAGAAAAAUUCCCAGCUGGAGCAGGAAAACAAUCUGCUGAAGACACUGGCCAGUCCUGAGCAGCUUGCCCAGUUUCAGGCCCAGCUGCAAACUGGUUCCCCCCCUGCUACCACACAGUCACAGGGGACCACACAGCCCCCAGCCCAGCCAGCGUCCCAGGGCUCAGGACCAACUGCAUAGCCUUCUAUGCCCCUGCAGAACUGGCUGCUGCUGUCUGAACUCAACAAACUGGAGAUGAUGUACUAGGGGGAAUCUGCCUCCACAGUCACCCAUUUCAUUGCUCGCUGCAAAAGAGACGUGAGACUGACAUAUGCCAUUAUCUCUUUCUUCCAGUAUUAAACACCCAUAUGCUUUUGGCUUGAAGAAAUUUCUUAGUUGGGUGAGUUAAAGGUCAAUAGAGAAUUAGCAUGGAUAUACUGGGACCUCAUGCAGCUUGGCAGAUAUUUGAGAAAUGGUUUAAUUGAUGCUGAGGAGCUGUGUGCCUUUCCAUCCUUUCCCUGCUCCCCAUCCUUCCUUCCAAGUGUUGUCUCCUGCUUGCAUGUAGUGUACAACAUGGGUUAUGGAGCAGUGGAGCUCCACUGGACUGUCCUCUCUCCUCUUCUACCCAUGAGGAACUUGAGAGGGAGGUAAAAGGGAAGACUGGUGCGUAGUCUUGCCUAAAAUGAGGGGAAACAGUUCAUUGUACAAAUUGAUGACUGUCACCAAAAUCCAUAAAAAACAAUAGUACUGUGUGCCUCUUUCUGAAACAGUGGAUGACACAAAACUACUAAGAGUGACUGAAAGGUGACAGCUAGCUGGGACCUAGGCCACCUUACCAUGAAGGAUGUUUUGCUUAUUAUAUAUUUGUGUAUGUAGUGUAACUAUUUUGUACAGUAGAGGACUGUAACUACUACUUAGGUUGUACAGAUUGAAAUUUAGAUGUUUCAUUGUCUGUCUGAAGAGGUGUGGAUUGUCUUUAUAGAGAGAUCUACAUGAAACAAUACUAUGUGAAGAAAACCACACCUAAAGAAAUUUUAAGAAUUUGACAGUCACUUUGUGUAAUCUGAAAUCUAGCUGCUGAAUAUUUUGAAGUAUAUCCCUGUUCACUGAAGUCUUUUGAUUGAGCUGGUUGAAUACUUUGAAAAAUGAUCAGUUCUAGCUAAUGAGAUGAAUUUCCCAGUAGGGUUUUCUGCAUAUUACUGUAUAGUAGUGAUACGCAUAUGUUUCUGUGCAUGUUCUCUACACAGUUGUAAGGUGUAUUUAACUGUUGCACUUGUCAACUUUCAAUAAAGCAUAUAAAAUGUUGAUAAACAAGUGUUUUCAUAUUACAGUGUUAACAUAAUUGCAGUUAUUUCCACAACUAUUUCUAGGUAAAGUUACAACUAUUGGACUAGCGAAAUCUUGAAGAAGGGUAUAAGGGUUGGGCAAAGUAAGGGUCCUUGUGGUUUGACUAUGGAGGUGAAAGGAAAUAGACAUUGCAUUAUUUCAGCCAGUAAGUGUAGAGAGACAUAGUGAAGGAGAUAAGAGAUUAGUUCUUCAGACUAGGGUUACCAGGACAAGAGGCUUCACCUCUCAGAGCUGAUGUGUGGGGCACUGAAAGAGAUCAUCUUUAGGUUCCCCCAUGGCUUUAAAUUUCUAGGAGUCCAUGAAAGCCUUAAUUUUCCAUUGUUUACCAGCUGAGAGGGGAAUGAGACUUAUUCUGUAUGUAAUUCCACUAAGCACAUUUAGGAUAAAAAUAUGGACAUUAGAGAAGCUCGUUUUCACUUUUAAAAUACCCUGGAUUGGGAUGUCUUUCCAGUGUAGAUUGAGGCUCCAGCUCCUGGGGCUGUCUAAGCAGGAGACAAGGUGAUUCCAGGGGUUUCCUCUGAAUUCGAGGUGGGUCUGGAGAACAAGGGUAUCUCUUCUAGUUGAUUCCUUAAGACUAAAAUAGGUUGAAAUUUAAAAUGUGAUGGAAUUUUAAAGCAAAUAGGCACCUGGUAAGUGAGCCUGAGGGGUCCCACUCUUCUAGGAGCAGUGCCAGCUCCUGUGACAUUAAACAGGAUGCUCUUAUCAGGUCUGGGAUCUGCCCCAGGACUUCAACAGUGGCCUUUUCCCAUGCCCCCUCCACUCAGUGGGAAUAAGGGCAUUGCUGAGUUCUAAGGCUUAUUUAAGGCCUUGCAGAAGAAGGACUUAACUUUUCUGAAUCCUUUAUUUCUCUAAUGUAUAGCUGUUGGGGACAUGGAUGGGUAAAUGAAACAUCAGAACUUCCUGACAAGAAAUGGAUUUUGUGCGUGUGUCAUAAAGCUGAGUGACUGGUGUGAAGACACAGCUCAUGGCAAAGCAGUUACUGCUGACCACCAUAGGCUGGUGGUGUCAGUUGGCAUAAACUUGAUAUGGGGAAAUUGGAGGGGACUUAAAAACAAAUCUUUGUCAUAGUAGUUUAAAGGUUGUAUAAUUUUGACUUAAAGGGAUACUUAUGUUGUAAUUGUAUUUCUUUUAAAAAGAAAACUAUAGUGAGUGGAAAUCUCCAGCCAUUUCAUCUUUUCUGUUUUCAGUGAAGAUAUUCAAUGCCAAAGGUGGUAACUGUGGAAACUUUGAGAAAUUUUAUGUCAGUGUAUUAUUAAGAUAAUAGAGAACUUUCUUCUAAGCUAUUUAAUGGAAUUUGGAGCCUUUUAUUUAAAAUGUGGCACUCCUGUGAUGUUUUGGGAGCUGAAUAUUGUGAAAUAAGAAUGAAGUUUAAAUCAAAAGGUGUUUUUUGACACAUGUUCAUUUAAUCAUUAAACAUGCUUUAAGUCGGUGAUUUGCAACCUUUUUCAUCUCGUGGCACCCGUAAACUAAUUACUAAAAUUCUACAGCACAACAAACUAUAUUUUUUGCCAAUCCAACAAAAUAUUGGUGUAAGUUUGAUUCACUCACACUGGUCAGCUAUUGUUUUGGCUGUUGUCAUUUUUUAAAUUUGACAGUCUAAGGCAGGAGUUCAAACUCAUUUUCAGUGGGGGUCACAUCAGCCUCACGGUUGCCUUCAAAGGGCCGAAUGCAAUUUUAGGACUGUAAGUGUAACUUAACUAGGGGCAAGGAGCUCUACAUUCAGCCCUUUGAAGGCAACUGCAAAGCUGAUGUGGCCCCCAUUGAAAAUGAGUUUGACACCCCUGACCUAAGGGAAAAGAGGUCAGUGCCCCUGACUAAAGAGUCAAGUACUGCAUGUUUGAAAAAUUCCUGUGGCACACUGGUGUGCAUCUUGAAGCACACUGUUGCUUUAAGUGUUGACUUAUAUUUCACGAUGUUUAAGGUAAUUUUAAAAGGUAUUUCACUACUUGUUUACAGACACGAUUAGACCUUUGUUGGCCUGAGAGUUAUUGUAUAAUUGACUCCAUCAUACUUAACGUUCAGUGGAGCAGGGAAGGCUUCACGGGAAUGGAAUGUUGUGCCAGUGCUGGGUGUUCAUGACGUCAGCAGCUGCAGCAGGAGGGAGCACUGAGCAGUGAAGGAGAAACAGGAGUUUUGCAUGAUUUUAAUGCAUAUCUGCUUUUUGUUUCAAAUUAACAAUGUUCAUAGCUUGGUAACUCUGUGCUCUUUGGCAUACUUAUAAAGCAGAAAUUCAUUUUUCAUUAUGUGAUGAAUAUGUAAUGCCAAAAUCAAUUUUAAAUUUACAUAAGAAAUGUAUAGAAGUUAAUUAUAACUAAAAUUAUAAAUGAAAAUUAUUUUUAAUAGAGAGUACACUGCCUUUCUUUUAUAUAAAAUAAGUAGUUGGAGCUACCAGGGGCCUGACAAUGUAACUAUUUUUUCACAGCGAAAAUGGCAUUAAAGAUUAGAAACAGAGGCAGAGAAAAUGAAGUUCCCUCCAGAUAAAGUGUCUGGAAGUGGACAAAUGUGCCCACCGGCGGAACACGGAAGCAGGUUGUGCAGGAAGCUUCCUGCACAGGCGUGGGGAGGACACAGCACUGAGGGCCAGCCCUGACCCUGCAGUCACUAGCAGGGUGGCCUUGGGACAAGGAAUGGAACCCCUUCUCAUCUGUACAGUGAGGAAUUGGAUCAGACCAGGAAGAUCCUGUCCUGCCAUAAAGUGCUACAAUCCUCUGAUUUGUACGAUGAGUUUACUCUUUGGGGGGGUGGGGGGGAUAUGCUGGUUUGGUUUUGUUCACUUUUUGGGCUAAAAUUAAUUUAAUUUUAACCUUAGCUCUGCCAUUGACCUUGUGCAGGUGACUUUACUUGCAUGCUAAAAUGGGGAUAUGUUCUCUCCAUAGCGUUUUUGUAAAGAUAAUGAUGGAAAGCAGCAAACACAGUGAUGGGUUCAGAGCAAGUGGUCAAGGAACGUUAGCCUUUUAUUGUUGAGUUAUUUGUCCUCUUGUUCUUGUUUGUUCAUAUAUUUAACUAUGUGUUUUUUGUAGUAAUAAAGCUGUGGCAGUUUUAUUA